AUGAGUAAACAUUAUUGCCCCGAAUGUGACCAAAGAUUGGCAGAUAAUUCUUGGUGGUGUAAACCAUGUCAAAGGCGUAAUUUUGAAGAAAAUUUUGAUAAUUGGACUAGUGGAGAUAAACAAAUUGAUGAUUUCAUAAAAAAAACUCAAAUGGAAGCGGAAGAAUGUGAUCAAUAUAUUGAAUGGAUUUCUUUUGAUGAUUUUAUUAAUGUCGUUAAAGCUGAUCAUAGUGAAGCUGGUAUUUUAUUUGCUGCAAAUUGGUCAAGAGGUCCUUUAGAUAUUUGGGAUCCUGUUGAAGGUCAAUAUGUAGCUAAGAGAAAUUUGGUUAAAGUUGGUUUACAAUCUUUUGUCACACGUGAAUUCACAACUAGUAAUUAUAUGUUGGUUUCUGAAACUGUAGAAUGGGAUUUGAGACAUUACAUGUCUCAUCAUUUUGCUCGGCUUACCUGGAAUAAAAAAAUUUCUAUCUUGCAUAGUGUUGCGAGUGCUCUUGAAAUGUUAAAGAAUGAACAAAAUGAAGAUAGGGAAAUUUUUAGAUCUCAUGUUGAACUUCCAGUUAGUGAAUUGGGUUUAGGAAAUGGAAAAGAAUUAAUUCCUGUAAUUGUGGCUCAAUUAAGAGAUUGGCAUAUUUAUAAAAAACAACAAGAUCAAUUUGAUCAUGCUGAAAAAGUAAGGUUGAAAAUUGUAGUAUCCAGCGGAUUUAAUCCUAAUCCUAAUAAUAUGCAAAUUCCUUUGAAAACACAUCCUCAAGCAAUUUAUACAAAAAUUAUCAAAUUUAUGCAAAGACGUGAAACAUAUCCAAUAAAAGAAAUGAGUUUAGAAGAUGAAGAUAUCAUGCAACAAUAUGGACUUACUAUUCCUUCUUUUUCUUCUCAAUUGAUACGGAAGAAUAAUUCUGAAAACCAAGAAUCUGAAGUUACAGAAAAGAAUUCAAUACAAAGUGGAAAAAAAACGACAAAUUCUGAAGUUUAA